AUGGGAUCUACAUCGAAAAAGGUCGCCUCAUGGCGACUCACUGCACUUGUGGCUUCUGGAUUGGCCUGCCUAGUACGAGCAAGCCCGUCGGUCAAUGUUGCCCUCCAAGCUUCAUUUGAUGCGCCGCCGUAUCUCAUAGAACUCUUAGAAACCGCUGCCGAAGAGAACUCGACCUCCUACUUCCCUUUGCUUGACCGCGUCGCCGAUGGAGCCUUCGAGGAUGCCGUGACCGACAAAGAAAUCUAUGACCGUUUUCUACAAGUUGUGGACGAGGAUGGGCACCUGAAAACAACCGAAAGCCGGUCAUCCUUCAAAUUGUCUUUGGCAAUUCGAUCGGCGAGCCCCCGCAUCACGGCGCAUUACCAAUACUACAAUGCUUCCGUGCAACACUCGUUAAUGGCGGCGCAGGAUGCCGCCUGUCCAGUGUGGGUGCACUCGCAAGGCAAGCAGUACUGCUCUUCUACACUGGAGCGUGCCCAGCAGGAUGUUUUGGGAGACAUGAACUCGAGAGAGCUUCCUUUCGACCGGGUGUUGGGAGACAUCUCUCUUCCUCCGGCUAUUCUGUACGCCGAUGUCGCUUCUCCCAUGUUUAGGGACUUCCACCACACGCUCAGCGCACUGGCAAAGCAAGGUCAGGUCUCCUACCGAGUCCGAUACCGACCUCCCCAGCAUUCGAGCCCACGCCCACUUUUUGUAUCGGGAUACGGGGUUGAACUCGCAUUGAAGCGAACGGAUUAUAUUGUCAUCGACGAUCGCGCCGCAGAACAACAAGAUUCCAACAACGUGGAGCCCGGCGACGGUGACGCUCCGGACGACCUUAGACCCCUCUCGUCCUCCGAGGUGGCACGCCUGGGCGUAAAUGCCGUGAGCUACGUGAUGGACAGCGAGAAUCCUUUGGAUACCCUCGUCAAGCUUUCGCAAGAUUUCCCUAAGUACUCGGCCAAAGUUGCAGCUCAUAAUGCUACUACCGAACUUCUAGAAGAUAUUCGCUCCACUCGACUGCAGAUGCUUCCUGCUGGCGUCAACGUCAUGUGGAUCAAUGGUGUCCAGAUCGAUUCUCGACAGAUAGACGCGUUCUCCCUUCUGGAACACCUGCGCCGUGAGCGAAGACUGGUUGAGAAGUUCCGUGACAUAGGAGUAUCUGCCCAAGAAGCAGUGAGCCUUCUGUCGCACGAAUUCCUCGGAGAGGCUCUGGCGCAGGAGGCACCCCAACGUUAUGAUUAUCAAGAUGAUAUCGAGGGUGGUCGCGUUCUCAUAUGGCUCAAUGAUCUUGAAAAGGAUGCUAGGUACCAAUCUUGGCCCGAGGAACUCCAAGCACUACUCCAACGCACUUACCCCGGCCAACUUCCGGCCGUGCGCCGUAACGCGAACAACAUUGUGGUCCCGGUUGACCUGAGCAGCCUCGAGGACCUGAACUUUGUGGUCAGAACCAUGCAAGCGUUCGUGCAGAAGGGAAUUCCGGCCAGAUUCGCUAUAGUCCCUAUGGCAUCCUCAGCCGGGCAAAAGUCCCAGGUGAAGGUUGCUCAUUACCUGCAGGAGACCUACGGGUUGGCAAGCCUUAUUCAUUAUUUGGACGAGUCCUUCGAGAAGAACAAGGCAGCAUCCGCGGAUAAAGGCUGUUUUGAGACUGCGACCAAGGAGCGACAGAUCCGCUCUGGCAAGAAGGCGCUCUCAUUCGACGAGGUUCUGAAGAGUGGUGAUUUCGAAAACGUGGUCUCUCAAACAGUUCAUUAUCAGGAUCGACUUGGUAUCACCCCUGACGCUCCUCAAAGUUUCAUCAACGGAGCACCAGUCCCCCGCAAGAGCAAGUGGAUGCAGGAAGUGAGCGUAAGGAUCAGUGGAGACUUGCAGGAACUUCAACAGGGGAUUGCCGAUGGAGCAAUUGAGGAAUCUACCUCGCUGCCAGGCGUGUUCCUUUCCAAGGCGUUCUCUCGACGCAGUCAAUGGGUUAUUCCCGAAGAUCCCAAGGAUAUCCGGGUCGUGGAUGUAGCUAAAGUGGCAGAUUCACAGAAGGAUGUUUUGAGUGAAACUCCACUGGUUGCCUCAACAAACGGCGAUGCUCUUGACAGUGCCUACCUGAUUGCAAUCGGUGAUUUUGAUUCGGAAAGUGGUUUCCAAUUGCUCACUGCAGUUCUGGAGCACCGAGAACAACAUAAUGAAGUGGAAGUUCUCUUCGUUCAUAACUCGGAGAAUCCGGCAUCCGCCAAAGGUGGAUCUACAACUCUAUACCGCUCCAUCAAGACAGGAAAGCAGGUCGAGCCCGCUCAAAUUCUAGCGAAUAUCGGCUCCACUGCCAUCUCUCCUCCCUCAAACGAAGAAGCCGAAGAGAUUUCUCAAUUCUGGGCACGCCAGCAGUCCUUGGUUCGGGAACUUGGGUUCCCGACAGGCGCAAAUGGGCUUGUGAUAAACGGAAGGGCAAUCGGGCCCAUUCAACAUGACGUGACUUCUGAUGAUUUGGACCAGCUUUUGACCUAUGAACAGGAGAAGCGAAUCGGCCCGGUCGCAAGGGCUUGUAAGAAUCUUGGAUUUGGCUCAAACAUUCCUGGCCCUCUCGCCUUUGCCAAGUUGACGUCUCUCACCACACUCUCAACCGUAUCCGACGUACCGGAGGGCAUCUUCGAGUCAACUUCCGACAUUCGGAUAAAUCUGUUUGACAAAUGGAAUAACUCUCGCUCUGUGCUUACCGUCUCGAACUCCGAAGAUCCAGCAAUCACGAUUUUGGCUUCGAUUGAUCCAAGCUCGGAGACCGCCCAAAGAUGGCUCCCAAUCCUGAAGGUGCUCUCCGAACUAGCAAGUGUACGAGUCAGGCUGUUUUUGAACCCGCAUGAGCAUAUUAAGGAACUCCCCACCAAGCGAUUCUACCGCUACGUUUUAGACUCAGAGCCUUCUUUCAACAAUAAGGGGUCUAUCUCACGGCCUACGGCCUCGUUCAGGGGUGUGCCAGUCGAGGCGCUUCUUACCCUGGGUAUGGACGUACCAUCGUCCUGGCUUGUAGCUCCCCAAGACUCCAUUCAUGACCUUGAUAACAUCAAGUUAAGCUCCUUGAAUUCCGACUCCGACGUCGAAGCGGUGUACGCCUUGGAGCAUAUCUUGAUAGAAGGUCAUUCCCGGGAUCUGACCACCAAGAGCCCUCCAAGGGGAGUUCAGCUGAACAUUGGAACCGACAACAAUCCCUCAUACGCGGACACCAUCAUCAUGGCUAACCUGGGAUAUUUCCAAUUCAAAACACAGCCUGGACUAUGGAAAAUCAACCUGAAGCCCGGCUCCAGUGAGCGCAUUUUCAACCUUGAUAGCGUUGGUGGUCUGGGAUACAGUCCCCAGCCCGGCGACGACAACAACGAAGUGGCGUUGCUUUCUUUCCAGGGCAAAACUUUGUUCCCUCGCUUGUCCCGUAAGAAGGGCUAUGAAAUGGAAGAUGUCCUGGAAACAGGUCCUAAAGCGGGCACGGCCAUGGACUACGUCUCCAAGGGAUUCGGCUUUGCCUCCAGCGUUCUUUCGAGCGUCGGCGUCGGCUCAGGUGGCUUGUCCCAAAAACAGGCUGACAUCAACAUCUUCUCCGUUGCGAGCGGUCAUCUCUACGAACGAAUGCUCAACAUCAUGAUGGUCUCGGUGAUGAAGAACACCAAGCACACCGUCAAGUUCUGGUUUAUCGAACAAUUCCUCUCCCCCUCCUUCAAAUCCUUCCUCCCGCACCUCGCCGCCGAACACGGCUUCCAAUACGAAAUGGUCACCUUCAAAUGGCCGCACUGGCUGCGCGCCCAGCGCGAGAAACAGCGCGAGAUCUGGGGCUACAAGAUCCUCUUCCUGGACGUCCUGUUCCCGCUGAACCUCGACAAGGUGAUCUUCGUCGACGCCGACCAGGUCGUCCGCACGGACAUGUACGAUCUCGUCACGCUGGACCUCGAGGGCGCCCCGUACGGCUUCACACCCAUGUGCGACUCGCGCGAAGAGAUCGAGGGCUUCCGUUUCUGGAAACAAGGGUACUGGAAGGGCUUCCUCCGCGGCCAACCCUACCACAUCUCGGCGCUCUACGUCGUCGACCUGAACCGCUUCCGGGAGCUUGCUGCCGGAGACCGUCUCCGGGGCCAGUACCAGAUGCUGUCGGCCGACCCGAACAGCUUGAGUAACCUGGACCAAGACCUCCCGAAUCACAUGCAGCAUCAAAUUCCGAUUAAGAGCUUGCCGCAGGACUGGCUGUGGUGCGAGACCUGGUGCUCGGAUGAAUCGCUCGGCCAGGCGCGGACAAUCGAUCUGUGCAAUAACCCGCAGACGAAGGAGCCGAAGUUAGAUCGAGCCAAGCGACAGGUCCCCGAGUGGACGGAGUAUGAUGAUGAGAUCGCGGCGUUGGCGAAGAGAGUAGAUCUGGACCGUGAGCAAAAGGAGCAAGAAUUGCGGGCUGAACUUCAGGAGGAUGAUGAGGAUAGUGACGAUGUAGAUGAGGAUGAGCCUUCUGCGUGGAAGAAGGAUGAGCUGUAG